UGCAGACGGGACCUGGAUCGCACCCGCGAGAUGGCGGCGGCGGCGGCGGCCGUGAGCAGCGCCAAGCGGAGCCUGCGGGCCGAGCUGAAGCGGCGUCUGCGGGCGCUGAGCGCCGAGGAGCGGCUGCGCCAGUCCCGCCUCUUGGCCCAGAAGGUGUUUACCCAUAGUCAAUAUCAAAAGUCCAAAAGAAUCUCCAUCUUUCUGAGCAUGCAAGAUGAAAUUGAGACAGAAGAGAUCAUCAAGGACAUUUUCCAACAAGGCAAAACCUGCUUUAUCCCACGGUACCAGUUCCAGAGCAAUCACAUGGAUAUGGUGAAAUUAGCAUCGCCUGAGGAAAUCUCUUCACUUCCCAAAACAUCCUGGAAUAUUCAUCAGCCCAGUGAGGUCGAGGUUCGGGAGGAGGCCUUGUCCACAGGGGGACUUGAUCUCAUCUUCAUGCCGGGUCUUGGGUUUGACAAACACGGCAACCGUUUGGGGCGGGGCAAGGGCUACUACGAUGCCUACCUGAAGCGCUGUCUGCAGUCCCAGGAUGUGAGGCCCUACACCCUGGCCUUGGCUUUCAAAGAGCAGAUUUGCCUUCAGGUCCCUGUGGAUGAAAAUGACAUGAAGGUAGAUGAAGUGCUUUACGAAGACUCCUCAGCAUCUUAAAUCCUGAUGACCACAGCCAAAUAAUCAAGGUUUUGUGCCAGAGAAAAGCCAAACGUGUAUUUUCCCUUGUCAGAAAUUAGUGGAAAUUGCACAAUAAUGUGAAUAUGGGCUGUAGUGUUUUCAGUGUAAUUGUUAGAUACCGAACAUGAAACCAUUUUAAAAAAUCAAUAGCAGUGUGUGUAAUAGAACAUUAAUUAAAACGGAGGCUAUCACCAUAUGAUUUUCAGCUUAACUUUCUGUCCCAGGUUGAUCUUUCUGUUUUAUAGUUUAAGUUAAAUAUUUAUGAGGCACUAUGCUCCAACUCAGAGCGUGAGGGGAAAAUAAACUCAUCUGUAGUGGACACUUUCAUUAAGUCCUGUCAUGGGCCUGGGUCAGUCUGGCAUGCAUAUGGAGAUUCAGCAAUUAUUAAAUGAUUUAUUGGUGUUUGCUUUGUGUACAAAGUUCUCCAAGAAUAUUAUACCCUUUCAUCAUGGCUUCACUUGCUCAACCUGAAAUUUUAUGUCUGACAGUUUGGAGCUUUUGAUGGUUAAAGGACUGAAACCUUUUCUGAUUUAAAUAUUUUAAUUUCGGCCGAUUUGUUUCCAUCUCUGCUGUUCUGUGUGUCAGUCACUUACGAGUUUAAGAUCUGAUAUCCUGUAAGUUAGAAAUUAUUUCUGUUUAUGGGUGGUAUCUGCUUUGGAAAUGAAAUUUGGGCUGAAGGUUGGCAGAUGCCAUCACAGCCAGGGAAAGGGAAUUUUGUGGGGGGAAGAUUUGGUUAUAACCAGAGACCCAGGGGGCUUCCUGGGUCCUGCUCUCUCACUCACACCCCACAUCCUGCCUCUCACCAGGUCCUGUUGAUUCUGCUUCUGGAAACCCUCUUAUAUCUGUUCCCUUCUCUCCUCGCCCUGUCGUGCCUUUUGUCCAGUCUCUCAGCAUCUCUAAGCUGAACUGGUCAAGAGCCUCAGCCGUGGCUUCCUUGCCUUCAGUCUGGUCCUCUUCAUUUUAUUUCUCAAACUACAGUCAAAGUGAUCUUAUCAAACAUGAACCUGAUCAUGAAGGACCCCUACUUGUCUCUUUCUAGCCUCUCUUCUCCCCGUAUUCUUCUUCUGUACAACUUAUGCAAACGUUCACAUAGCUCCCUAAACACUGCCAGCUGCUUCUGCCCUUUGUGCCUUGUAAGUGUGCUUUUCCUCUGGCUGCAGUGCUCUUUCCUCUUUUGUUCAUUUGGAAGACUCCUGUUUAUCCUUCAAGACUCAGCUCCAAUGUCACCUCUUCUGUGAAGUCUUCCUGUGUUCCUUCACUUGUUUAAGUGGCCCUGGUCAUUGUCCUCCUUAUCACAUUGUCCUACAUGUCAAAUAUUAAUGGCCAUGUCUACCCUUUCACCAGACUGUGAGUGCCAAAGAACAGGGAUAAUCUUUAUACUUCCCCCUUUCGGUAGACACACAGACAAUGGUGGGUGUUAGAUAAUUUUUUAAAAAAUCCAAGGUACUAGAAUUUAUUAGAUUGCUAAUUGUAAUUUAUAUUGACAUAAAAUAUUUAGGCUAGAAAUUAAUACUUGUUAGUUUGGAGGAAAGACUUUACUUCUUCGGCAUUGUUUUCGACUCCAGAAACAUAUUUUCUAGUUUGUGAAGAAACAAUUUAUUUAGUGACCUGUGUCUCUCCUCAUUUGAUACUCUCAUCCACAUGAACAAAUCGGUUUUCUAGAACUGGCCAGCAUAAGCGCUACAUGUGGCCGUUGAACUCUGGACGUGUGGCCAGUCUGAAUGGAGAAGUGCUGAUUCAGAUUUUGACUAUCUAGUAUGACAAUGAGAAUUUUUUUUGAAUGAGUUAGUUGAAUACAUUCAGAUGUGUUUCAUUUGAAACACGCAUCCCUGUUCAUAAUACCAUAUGAUUUGGUGUUUUAUGCACAAAAGUAAAAACACUUAAAAAAUGUCAAUUGGGCUAAAAUCAAAUGUUCACAAUAUAGUAUAUACAGUAUAUACAGUGAGAAAUGGGAGGGAGACAGAAUUUCUACAAGCUGUGAAACCACAUUACCGUACUGGUGAGAAAUCUUAAGGGUAACUUCAACCAUAAGGUUAAGGUGAAAGUUAACAUAGCUGACAUGGCUGUUGGUCUGAAGUGGUUAAACAGUAAAAUUCCUGGACGGCUGCAGGUCUGGAAACUUUAGAACUUUAACACGUUAGAACUUAAUCUGUGUUGUUCUUCUGGCAAAGGAGAGCAUUGAAAAGCCCCUCCCCAGCUCCUCAAGUGCAAACAGAACACAAAAUCAACUGGCCAGAAGACCCAGGGGCUGAGAUUCAGGAAAGCCCGAGGGCUGCAGGGUCCCUUGCCUGGAAAGAGGACCUUUCCCUAGUGACCAUUAAUGGGCAGUGGUCAUUGCGCAGAGGGUAUAGGAAAGGGGAAAAAGCCCUGACGGUGCAGGUGAUGAUGACACAAGCAGAGGCUGAGAACAAGGCCUCAAAUUCAGGAAGAAAGCCAACAUGAAAGAAGAAUGAUGAUAGUCUUAGGUGAGGGGACAGUCCAGGCAGAAGAGAAAGAGCAACAAGAUCUGAACAGAACAAUCCUUAUUAUUGGAGAAUUGGAAAUAUAUGUAUGUCUAUAAUUGCCUAUUCUAUAGAACUGUGCUUAAUUUAACCAGAAAGUAAACCAUUAACUUCAGUUCAUCUAACAGAUAUCAGCAAGAACAGUACACUAAUUACAGAAUUCUACUAAGUAAGAGAUGGAUAACUGUGUCUUAUGUCUAGGCGUGGGUGACAUGGUGCAGAAGCUUAUUGGUUUCUGGUCCCAGUUCUUUUUUUGUUUUUUUUUCCUUUCAGAGAUCAUUGAAAUUCAGUUAAUCACAUUGCAUUUAGUCAUAAGUUAAUAUGCUUAUUUCCUGCACUUGCCUGUCACCUCCUCAAAGGAAGAUUUUCUGCCAAGUUCAUGGUUUACUCCAGUACCUAUCACAGUCCCUAGCACAAAAUAAAUGGCCUAUAAAUCCUUGAUGAAGGAAUGAACCAAUGUGUUUGUUGCCCUGAGUGCGUGGUGACCUUGCCGGUUUUUACGUUGGUUGCUAUUUGCUGCUGAGAUUCUCUCCUUUCAGCAUCAUCUCAGGGUUGGAUUAUUCUGGAACACAUUUUCUAUUACUGCAGUUGCAAUUCUUUCCUUGGCCAGUCCAUAUGUGUGUGUUGCAUUAUCUGUGCUGUUUGGCCUUGUUAAUACAUUUCUUCUUUGCAUCUUUAUGGUCAUCUUUCCUCCUAUGUCCAGGCAGUCUUAGGCCUCCUGCCCUGUAAGGGUGAUCUCUAAUCCCUGCAAGCCCCUGCCCCAAAUAUAUGUUUAUUUAUGUGCUUAAAAAUAAGUGGAGAGAUGUUCAAAAUGGCGGAGGACUGAGAUGUGGAGAUCACCUUCCUCCUCAUAAAUACAUCAAAAAUA